GAGAACAGCACCACAGCAAAACCCUCAUCGUUAUAGUAGUCUGCAAUCGUAAAGACAGCGCACACCGGGAUCAUCUAUCUAUCUUCUUCUAAACAAACUAAUGGUGACAGUUUAUGGAUAUCAACGCCACACUCUUUCAACAGAUGACCAACCUGCCUCUGACUAUGUCCUUGGCCAAAGCGCUAUUGAUCGUGACGUGUGUCAUCCUGAACUUCACCCUCUGCGCGACCUCCCUGCCAGCGGAGAUAGAGAGGGGAUGGAGAAGAGCCGUGCACGUGCUUGAGGACGACACCGGCGCGGUCAUCGUUCAGACCGCGCCGGGGAAGGUGGUGACCCACCGGGGAGGCUCCAUCACCCUGCCGUGCCGGUACCACCACGAGCCAGAGAGCACCGACCCCUCCCGCGUCCGCAUCAAGUGGACCAAGGUGACCGACGCGCUGCAGUUUGUGGACGUCUACGUGGCCCUGGGAAGGCAGCAGCGGGUGUUCGGCCCGUACCGGGACCGCGUGUCCCUGGAGGGGGCGGGGCCCGGCGACGCCUCCCUCGUCAUCCACAACGUCACGCUGGCCGACUACGGCCGCUACGAGUGCGAGGUCACCAACGACAUGGAGGACGACACAGGAUUCGUUAACCUCGAUCUGGAAGGGGUGGUGUUUCCCUACUACCCCCGCGUGGGCCGCUACAAGCUCAACUACCAGCAGGCGGAGGACGCCUGCAAACAGCAGGACGCCAUCCUGGCCUCCCACUCUCAGCUGCACAAGGCCUGGCUCGAGGGUCUGGACUGGUGCAACGCAGGCUGGCUGGAGGACGGCUCGGUGCAGUAUCCCAUCUCCAAUCCCCGGGACGAGUGCGGCCGCAAAGACAUGCCCGCCGGCGUGCGUAACUAUGGCUACCGGCACAAAGAGGACGAGCGCUAUGACGCCUUCUGCUUCACCUCCAACCUCAACGCUCUUUGA